AUGGGUGUCGCGGGAAGGAUCGAGGGCGCCAAGUCGAGGGUGCCUGGGGGAAACUUGGGGUCGCGUGGUGGUCACGGGCGACUCUGCUUCCGGAGUGGGACACCUCGGACCGGGUGCAGGCGGCGGAGUAGGCCCGGGAUGGGCGCCGGGCCGGGGGUCGCGAGGAAGAAUGAUGAAAAUGGAAACUGCUCAGGGGAAGGAAUUGAAUUCCCUACAACAAAUUUAUAUGAACUGGAAAGCCGUGUUUUGACUGAUCAUUGGUCCAUUCCUUACAAGCGAGAGGAAUCACUAGGCAAAUGCCUAUUGGCGUCUACCUAUCUAGCAAGACUUGGUCUUUGUGAGUCUGAUGAGAAUUGUAAAAGAUUUAUGGAUAGGUGUAUGCCUGAAGCAUUUAAAAAGCUCCUGACAUCGAGUGCUGUUCACAAAUGGGGCACUGAAAUUCACGAAGGAAUCUACAACAUGUUAAUGCUGUUAAUAGAGCUGGUUGCAGAGAGAAUAAAACAAGAUCCAAUUCCCAUUGGUCUUCUGGGUGUGCUGACAAUGGCUUUUAAUCCUGAUAAUGAAUACCACUUUAAAAACAGAAUGAAAGUCUCUCAAAGGAACUGGGCAGAAGUAUUUGGAGAGGGAAAUAUGUUUGCUGUUUCACCUGUAUCUACUUUUCAAAAGGAACCUCAUGGAUGGGUUGUGGAUCUGGUUAAUAAGUUUGGAGAAUUAGGAGGAUUUGCAGCAAUCCAAGCCAAGCUCCAUUCAGAAGAUAUAGAACUUGCGGCCGUCUCAGCAUUGGUGCAGCCCUUAGGAGUAUGUGCAGAGUAUCUGAAUCCCUCAGUAGUUCAGCCCAUGCUAGACCCAGUCAUCCUUACUACAAUACAGGAUGUGCGGAGUGUGGAAGAGAAAGACCUCAAAGACAAGAGACUGGUCAGCAUACCUGAGCUCUUGUCUGCCAUUAAGUUACUUUGCAUGCGCUUCCAGCCUGAUCUUGUAACGAUUGUGGAUGACCUUCGACUUGACAUCCUCCUGCGCAUGCUGAAGUCACCACAUUUCAGUGCUAAAAUGAAUUCCCUUAAAGAAGUAACCAAACUUAUAGAAGACAGCACUUUAUCCAAAUCUGUGAAGAAUGCGAUAGAUACAGACAGACUGUUAGACUGGCUAGUUGAAAACUCAGUUUUGUCAAUUGCACUGGAAGGCAACAUAGACCAAGCACAAUACUGUGAUCGUAUAAAGGGGAUUAUUGAACUCUUGGGCAGUAAAUUAUCAUUAGAUGAGCUCACUAAAAUUUGGAAGAUACAGUCAGGACAAUCAUCUACCGUGAUUGAGAACAUUCACACUAUUAUUGCGGCAGCAGCUGUGAAAUUUAAUUCUGAUCAGCUUAAUCAUUUGUUUGUCCUCAUUCAGAAGAGCUGGGAGACUGAAAGUGAUAGAGUGAGGCAGAAGCUUUUGAGCCUGAUUGGACGAAUAGGCCGGGAAGCUCGCUUUGAGACCACUUCUGGAAAGGUGUUGGAUGUACUCUGGGAACUGGCUCAUCUUCCAACCUUGCCCAGCAGUCUUAUUCAGCAAGCCCUGGAGGAGCACCUGACAAUCCUUAGUGAUGCAUAUGCAGUGAAAGAAGCAGUCAAGAGGAGCUACAUCAUUAAGUGCAUAGAAGAUAUUAAAAGGCCUGGAGAAUGGUCAGGUUUGGAAAAAAACAAGAAGGAUGGAUUCAAGUCAUCUCAGCUUAAUAAUCCCCAGUUUGUAUGGGUGGUACCAGCCUUGCGUCAGCUCCAUGAAAUUACCCGUUCAUUCAUUAAGCAAACCUAUCAAAAGCAAGACAAGAGCAUUAUUCAAGACUUGAAGAAAAAUUUUGAAAUAGUGAAAUUGGUAACGGGAAGUUUGAUAGCUUGUCAUCGACUCGCAGCAGCUGUGGCUGGGCCUGGGGGCCUCACUGGACUAACGCUCGUGGACGGCCGAUACACUUACCGGGAGUAUUUAGAGGCACAUCUGAAAUUUCUGGCAUUUUUCUUGCAAGAAGCUACAUUGUAUCUAGGUUGGAAUCGUGCCAAGGAAAUCUGGGAGUGCCUUGUAACAGGCCAGGAUGUUUGUGAACUAGAUAGAGAGAUGUGCUUUGAGUGGUUUACAAAAGGACAGCAUGAUCUUGAGAGUGACGUUCAGCAGCAGCUCUUCAAGGAGAAAAUUCUGAAAUUGGAGUCCUAUGAAAUCACUAUGAAUGGUUUUAACUUAUUUAAAACUUUUUUUGAAAAUGUGAAUCUCUGUGAUCAUCGAUUAAAAAGACAAGGAGCUCAGUUGUAUGUAGAAAAGCUGGAAUUAAUAGGAAUGGAUUUCAUUUGGAAAAUAGCCAUGGAAUCACCUGAUGAAGAAAUUGCUAAUGAAGCUAUUCAGUUAAUAAUAAAUUAUAGUUACAUUAAUCUAAAUCCUAGGUUAAAGAAGGACUCGGUAUCUUUACAUAAGAAAUUCAUUGCUGACUGCUACACAAGACUAGAAGCAGCCAGUUCAGCUCUUGGUGGCCCCACUCUAACACACGCUGUGACCAGAGCCACAAAAAUGCUUACAGCAACUGCCAUGCCAACUGUAGCAACAUCAGUUCAGUCCCCAUAUAGGUCCACCAAACUUGUAAUAAUUGAGAGAUUGCUACUUCUGGCAGAACGCUAUGUGAUCACUAUAGAGGAUUUUUACUCUGUUCCACGAACAAUUCUACCUCAUGGUGCCUCGUUUCAUGGACAUCUUUUAACUCUUAAUGUUACCUAUGAGUCUACCAAAGAUACAUUCACUGUAGAGGCCCACAGUAAUGAAACUAUAGGGAGUGUGCGGUGGAAGAUAGCCAAGCAGUUGUGCUCUCCUGUGGAUAAUAUUCAGAUAUUUACAAAUGAUAGCCUGUUGACAGUGAAUAAAGACCAAAAGCUGCUCCACCAGCUGGGCUUUUCUGAUGAGCAGGUCCUUACAGUGAAGACCUCUGGCAGCGGAACCCCCUCUGGGAGCUCAGCAGAUUCUUCAACCAGCUCCAGUAGCAGCAGCAGUGGAGUCUUUAGUUCAUCAUAUGCCAUGGAGCAGGAGAAAUCUCUCCCUGGUGUGGUAAUGGCUCUCGUAUGCAAUGUGUUUGAUAUGCUUUACCAGCUUGCCAACCUAGAGGAGCCAAGGAUAACUCUGCGAGUACGAAAACUUCUGCUCUUGAUACCCACUGAUCCAGCUAUUCAGGAAGCCCUUGAUCAACUCGAUUCUUUAGGCAGAAAGAAAACGUUGUUGUCUGAAUCAAGCUCUCAGUCUUCAAAAUCUCCGUCCCUCUCUUCAAAACAGCAGCAUCAGCCAAGUGCCAGUUCCAUCUUAGAAAGUCUGUUUCGAUCUUUUGCUCCAGGAAUGUCCACCUUUAGAGUGCUCUACAACUUGGAAGUUCUAAGCUCCAAACUCAUGCCAACAGCUGACGAUGACAUGGCAAGAAGCUGUGCAAAAUCCUUCUGUGAGAACUUCCUCAAGGCAGGCGGCUUGAGUUUGGUUGUAAAUGUCAUGCAAAGGGAUUCCAUCCCAUCAGAAGUAGACUACGAGACCAGGCAAGGUGUUUAUUCCAUCUGUCUGCAACUUGCCAGAUUUUUACUUGUUGGACAGACAAUGCCCACAUUAUUAGAUGAAGACCUCACCAAAGAUGGCGUAGAAGCACUUGCUUCUCGUCCAUUCCGAAAUGUCAGCCGGCAGACAAGCAGACAGAUGUCCUUAUGCGGUACUCCGGAAAAGUCAUCCUAUCGACAGUUGUCAGUAUCAGAUAGGUCUUCUAUCAGGGUUGAGGAAAUCAUCCCUGCUGCUCGAGUCGCAAUACAAACUAUGGAAGUAAGUGAUUUCACUUCUACUGUGGCUUGUUUCAUGAGAUUAUCAUGGGCUGCGGCUGCGGGACGACUUGACCUCGUUGGGAGUAGCCAACCAAUUAAAGAAAGUAAUUCUCUGUUUCCUGCUGGAAUUCGAAACAGACUCAGCAGUUCAGGAAGCAAUUGUAGCUCUGGAAGUGAAGGAGAGCCAGUAGCCCUGCAUGCAGGAAUCUGUGUCCGGCAACAGUCUGUGUCCACCAAAGACUCACUGAUUGCUGGAGAAGCUUUGUCUCUUCUUGUUACAUGCCUGCAGCUUCGGAGCCAGCAACUGGCAUCCUUCUAUAACUUGCCCUGUGUUGCUGAUUUUAUCAUUGAUAUUCUGCUUGGAUCACCAAGUGCUGAGAUCCGCCGUGUCGCCUGUGACCAGCUAUACACUCUCAGUCAAACAGACACUUCUGCUCAUCCAGAUGUGCAGAAGCCAAAUCAGUUCCUUCUAGGUGUCAUUCUCACAGCUCAGCUGCCUCUCUGGUCCCCAACUAGCAUCAUGAGAGGAGUCAAUCAGAGACUAUUAUCUCAGUGUAUGGAGUAUUUUGACUUGAGGUGCCAGUUAUUAGAUGAUCUGACAACUUCAGAAAUGGAACAGUUACGAAUUAGCCCAGCUACCAUGCUUGAAGAUGAAAUUACUUGGCUGGAUAACUUUGAGCCUAACCGCACAGCUGAGUGUGAGACUAGUGAAGCAGACAACAUCUUAUUGGCGGGACACUUGCGGCUCAUUAAGACCCUUCUUUCACUCUGUGGGGCAGAGAAGGAAAUGCUUGGUUCAUCACUCAUUAAACCAUUGUUAGAUGACUUCCUUUUCCGAGCUUCUAGAAUUAUUUUAAAUAGUCAUUCUCCAGCUGGCAGUGCCGCCAUCAGUCAACAGGACUUUCAUCCAAAGUGCAGCACAGUGAAUAGCCGCUUAGCAGCCUAUGAAGUCCUUGUAAUGUUGGCUGAUAGUUCACCUUCAAAUCUUCAAAUUGUUGCAAAAGAACUACUUUCUAUGCAUCAUCAACCUGACCCUGCUCUUACCAAAGAGUUUGAUUACCUUCCCCCAGUGGACAGCAGGUCCAGUUCAGGGUUUGUGGGGCUGAGGAAUGGCGGUGCAACUUGUUACAUGAACGCAGUCUUCCAGCAGCUGUAUAUGCAACCUGGGCUUCCUGAGUCACUACUUUCAGUGGAUGAUGACACAGACAAUCCAGAUGAUAGUGUAUUCUACCAAGUACAAUCUCUCUUCGGGCAUUUGAUGGAAAGCAAGUUACAGUAUUAUGUACCUGAGAAUUUCUGGAAGAUUUUCAAGAUGUGGAACAAAGAACUCUAUGUGAGAGAACAGCAAGAUGCAUAUGAAUUCUUUACUAGUCUCAUUGAUCAGAUGGAUGAAUAUCUCAAGAAAAUGGGGAGAGACCAAAUUUUUAAGAAUACUUUUCAGGGCAUCUAUUCUGAUCAGAAGAUCUGUAAAGACUGUCCUCACAGGUAUGAGCGUGAGGAAGCUUUCAUGGCACUCAAUCUAGGAGUUACUUCUUGUCAGAGUCUGGAAAUUUCUUUGGACCAGUUUGUUAGAGGAGAAGUUCUAGAAGGAAGUAAUGCAUACUACUGUGAAAAAUGUAAAGAAAAGAGAAUAACAGUGAAAAGGACCUGCAUUAAGUCUUUACCUAGUGUGUUAGUCAUUCACCUGAUGAGAUUUGGAUUUGACUGGGAAAGCGGACGCUCCAUUAAAUAUGAUGAACAAAUAAGGUUUCCCUGGAUGCUAAACAUGGAGCCCUACACAGUUUCAGGAAUGGCUCGCCAGGAUUCAUCCUCUGAAGUUGGUGAAAAUGGCAGAAGUAUGGAUCAGGGAGGUGGAGGAUCCCCACGGAAGAAAGUUGCCCUUACAGAAAACUAUGAACUUGUCGGUGUCAUUGUGCACAGUGGGCAGGCACACGCAGGCCACUACUAUUCUUUCAUUAAGGACAGGCGGGGGUGUGGAAAAGGAAAGUGGUAUAAAUUUAAUGACACAGUUAUAGAAGAAUUUGAUCUAAACGAUGAGACUCUGGAGUAUGAAUGCUUUGGAGGAGAAUAUAGACCAAAAGUUUACGAUCAAACAAACCCUUACACUGACGUGCGUCGAAGAUACUGGAACGCCUAUAUGCUGUUCUACCAAAGGGUAUCUGAUCAAAACUCUCCAGUGUUGCCAAAGAAAAGUCGAGUCAGCGUUGUCAGGCAGGAAGCUGAGGAUCUCUCUCUGUCAGCUCCGUCUUCACCAGAAAUUUCACCUCAGUCAUCUCCUCGGCCCCAUCGGCCUAACAAUGACCGACUCUCUAUUCUGACCAAACUGGUUAAAAAAGGCGAGAAAAAAGGACUGUUUGUGGAGAAAAUGCCUGCUCGAAUAUACCAGAUGGUGAGAGAUGAAAACCUCAAGUUUAUGAAGAAUAGAGAUGUGUACAGUAGUGAUUAUUUCAGUUUUGUUUUGUCUUUAGCUUCAUUGAAUGCUACUAAAUUAAAGCAUCCAUAUUAUCCUUGCAUGGCAAAGGUGAGCUUGCAACUUGCUAUUCAGUUCCUUUUCCAAACUUACCUACGGACAAAGAAAAAACUCAGGGUUGACACUGAAGAAUGGAUUGCUACUAUCGAAGCAUUACUUUCAAAAAGUUUUGAUGCUUGCCAGUGGCUUGUUGAAUAUUUUAUUAGUUCUGAAGGACGGGAGUUAAUAAAGAUUUUCUUAUUGGAGUGCAGCGUGAGAGAAGUACGAGUUGCUGUGGCCACCAUUCUGGAGAAAACCUUAGACAGUGCCUUGUUUUAUCAAGAUAAGUUAAAAAGCCUUCAUCAGUUACUGGAAGUACUACUUGCCCUUCUGGAUAAAGAUGUCCCAGAAAAUUGCAAAAACUGUGCUCAGUACUUUUUCCUGUUCAACACCUUUGUGCAAAAGCAGGGGAUUAGAGCCGGAGAUCUUCUCCUGCAGCACUCGGCACUGAGACACAUGAUCAGCUUCCUCCUCGGGGCCAGUCGGCAGAACAACCAGAUACGCCGUUGGAGCUCAGCACAAGCACGAGAAUUUGGGAAUCUGCACAAUACAGUGGCGUUACUGGUCUUGCAUUCAGAUGUCUCUUCCCAGAGGAACGUUGCUCCCGGCGUAUUUAAGCAGCGGCCACCUAUCAGCAUUGCUCCCUCAAGCCCCCUGCUGCCCCUCCAUGAGGAAGUGGAAGCCUUGCUGUUCCUGUCAGAAGGGAAGCCUUACUUGUUGGAGGUCAUGUUUGCUCUCCGAGAGCUGACGGGCUCGCUGCUAACCCUCACGGAGAUGGUGGUGUACUGCUGUUUCUGCAACGAGCACUUCUCCUUCACCAUGCUGCACUUCAUUAAGAACCAACUAGAAACUGCUCCACCCCAUGAGUUAAAGAACACAUUCCAGCUGCUUCAUGAGAUACUGGUCAUUGAAGAUCCCAUUCAAGUGGAGCGAGUCAAAUUUGUGUUUGAGACAGAAAAUGGAUUACUGGCUUUGAUGCACCACAGUAAUCAUGUGGACAGCAGUCGCUGCUACCAGUGUGUCAAGUUCCUUGUAACUCUUGCUCAAAAGUGUCCUGCUGCUAAAGAAUACUUCAAAGAGAAUUCCCAUCACUGGAGCUGGGCUGUGCAGUGGCUACAGAAGAAGAUGUCAGAACAUUACUGGACACCACAGAGCAACGUCUCUAAUGAAACAUCAACUGGAAAGACCUUUCAGCGAACCAUCUCAGCUCAGGACACAUUAGCAUAUGCCACAGCUCUGCUGAAUGAAAAAGAACAAUCGGGAAGCAGUAAUGGGUCAGAGAGCAGUCCUGCCAACGAGAAUGGAGAAAGGCACUUGCAGCAGGGUUCAGAAUCUCCCAUGAUGAUUGGUGAGCUAAGAAGUGACCUUGAUGACGUCGAUCCAUAGAGGGAUGUAGCCAGCACCUGACGAGACCGGAUGUCAGCAACUUCUGAAAACAGAAUCUCAUCUUUGAAACCCUUGGCAGAGCCUGGGGACAGGCCAGGAGGCUGCAGGACUCUGGGGGCCACGUCCUCAAGGAAGCUGCCUCGUCCACGAGGAGGCUGGGAGGAAGCCAGUAUGGGCCAGCUCUCCGGUCACCGCCCACACUUGGGUGGACGUUUCUGUGGAGAUUUUAGGAAAUAAAGCUAGCGGCAGAUUUUUGUUACAUGAACAUACAAGAGUGAGGGUAAAGCUGUUGCUUUCUCCAUGAUACAACAAAAAAAAAUUCCUUUUGCUUUUUAUAUUUUAAGAAAGGAAAAAAAAGAGCUGCCUUUAGGUUUGUGGGGGCAAAUUUUUAAUCUUGCAGUAACAUUUGAGUAGGAAUAUCCAAUUUAAAUGAUGUAAAGAUAAUGUGGUAAAAUUCUUUUUCGUUGUAAAAUAGUAGUUAAAGAAUUCAGUUUACACAGACCUUUGUAUUUAAUAUGUCUCCCUCUUUGUAUAGAAUUUCUGAUGAGUCUGAUGUGAGCCCUGGGCAUAAGCUUAAACCCUGACGAAAUGUUGCCAGGAUCAAAAAUUGGGAAAUUAUUAAGCUCUUCGAGGUAUUUUUCUGAUAUGAUUAAGAUUUAAAAGAGCAAUAAAAAAAGCUGUGUUCUUCCGAAGUGCAGGAUGCAUCUUUGACAUCAGUCAUUAAAGAAGUUACGAAUGGUUCCCAAAUUUUAAAAACAGCAAAAUAAAAAGCACUUUAAGAUAC